CGGCACUGUCAGCGUCCAUAAGAGAGAACUCUGAGAACCUGUCCGAUGUCGUGGCUAUUGCUGUUGAACUUUUCAUAUUGCUCCUCAUUCCCGUUUGGUGCGCAACGCGGAUAUAAGCGAAUGUGCUACGGUGACCGCAGAGUCUAGCAGCGAAGAUAAAGCUGCAAUGGAGAAAAUAAUCCAGAACAACAUUCCAGAGGUCGUUAUGGGCGCCGAAGUUGAUGCACCGCCAACUACUUUGGGUCCAUCAGAGAAUGAAGUCAUGACAUUAAAAUUACAAGCAUCUCAAGCACUUUCAAGGCUAGAAGAAUCUAUGAGAAAAGGAACCGAUACAGAAGGUAGUACAUGGAAUACACCUUCAGGUUUUUUAUCCCAUCCAAAGGAUGCUGAAGAUAUUUUUACCUUGUUGCAGGAUUUGAUUGUGUAUGAAGAUGGUCCAGUGGUUGAAGAUGGCAAAGCUGAACCCAAUCAACUAACAAAUCUUCCUUUACUUACUGAUGCAGCAAAAUUAGCUCUGAUAUCUCAUUCAAUAUCAGCUUAUGCAAUGUCUUUAUCCAGACCUCAUGCACAAAGGUUAGCUGGUCGUUUGGCAGCCGAUACCACAAGGUGGCUUAGUCAUAUUUUUAGAUUUGUUGAUUGUGCCUCAUCGUUUCAUGAAGAUCCUCUUGAAGGACUUGUGAGAGUUACUCGACUAGCUCUACACAAAAAGUAUCCAAGAUAUAUAGAUGAAGGUUUUACAGCACUAGCCAGCUCACCUCCGUUAAUUUACAGUUCAGUGGCUGCACCACUUGGCAUAGUACAACAUCUGUGUAAACAACUUUCUUUGCCUCUGCAUUGUGUAAAACCUAUUCCAAAUAAUACAGUGUUUGGUUCUCGACAAUGUAUGGAUAUAUCGGCUUUAGAGAGACGGUUAAACGAGGAUUCGCAAACGAAUUCCGUAACUCCUUUAUUGGUGCUAGGAGAAGCUGGAUCCGUACUCACCGGACAUUGCGAUAAUAUUACUAGGUUACGCGAAAUAUGUGAUAAAUAUAACGUAUGGCUGCAUUUACGGGGCGAUUCUUUGGCAGCUUUAACUCUUAACAGUUCGCCGAAAGAUCUCUCCUCGAAAAUUGCCGACAGUAUUACUUUACCACUUGGAAUUUGGCUGGGCAUACCGUCACUGCCAGUAGUUACCCUUUACAGAUUAACAGAUACACGAGGUGCACGUCCUACGUCCAGGGACACUACGCUUUCCUUAAUAUCCGGUUUGAUGACGGACUCGUUUUCGAGAAGAUUACCUACCUUGCCGCUGUGGACUGUGUUGCAAGCCAUGGGUCGCGAUGGCAUUGUCAACCGGUUCAAGCAAUGUUUCUUAGUCAUCGAGGACCUGCACCAUAAAAUUAAAAAAUUCAAUUGUAUCAGAAUACUGAGUCAAGAACCAGGAGGCGAGACGGGCUCGUAUACGAUACUCGAGCUGUUAAACAAUCCAAUAAAUGGUCCUCAACUAUUGGAAGUGGUAGCAAGUGCAUUAGUAUUUCAAUUUGUACCGCCUGAAGCAGAAAAUCAAGAGAUACAACGUGUACCGCCUUACUUUGAUAAGCUCAAUUCCUGGUUGGGUCAAAUACUUCAGCGUGACAUUGAGAAUGUCGAUAUUGAAUUAUGCGAGAUUGAGCAAUAUGGAGUGGCUAUUAGGAUUUGUCCUCUUGAGAGCCCUGAGUGUCCACCUAAUACCGAAGAUCUAGAUAAUGUUGUUGCUUGCCUCGAGCAGCAAAUCGAAAUAUUGCUUGCAACAGUUGAGCACAAAGAGACCUUCGUGAGACUAGUUAAAGAGAAUGACUCGCUGCAUCUAGUUGAGAUGCCAGGUUGGGCAGGUUUGGGUGGUGUCAGAUAUGCUCCUCCGACGUGGGUACACGUUAUGACGGAUCAAGCAAAGGAAGAACUAAAUCAUUUAAAUACGCAAUUGGUCGACACGCUACGAAGCACUGAUGCUGCUUUUUCACUUGGCGAAGGUGCGGAUGGACUUGCUUGCGUACGAUUUGGAAUGGUCACUCGCGAUACAGAUGUAGCCGAGCUAUUGUCACUAGUUCUUCAAGUAGGCCAAGAAGUUGAAGCAAGUUCCAAGUUCUUGGACACAAUGUCGGAAGUAGUAAAGCGUGGAAUAGAAGCGGCGCAAACGGAUUUGGAGCGUGAAAACGCCGAGAAAUUGUGGCAAGAAGGGAUACUUAGGCAUGUACCCGUUGUGGGCACUUUUGUCAAUUGGUGGAGUCCACCGGCGAAGGAGAGUGGAGUUCGAGGACGAAGUUUGAACUUGCAAGCUGGAGUCGUUGAAAGCACUGAAAACAUUUACAAGUACCACAUGCAAUUACAACCAAAUUCAACAAGCAACGGUUCUGGUGCACGAACUCCACCGCAGCCGUUGGUACAAACUCCUGUAGGCGCCGGAAGUCAAAGUCACAGUCGAUCUUCGAGUCAUUCCAGUCUGCAAAGCGGCAAAAGUUUACAAGCGACGACUAUUUCAGUUCCAGCUAAAGAAAAAUCGUGCGAAAUGAGAUCGUAGUAAUCAUUAAAUUGUAUUUUUCAAUCCUACUAUAUAUUUGUUAAACUAUUUGUAUGUCCAGUGAUUUUUCGAGCUUCUAUCGCAACAAGUUUACGACCGCAGGAUAUAGUUUUUAAGUCUGUGUUUUUUGUGAACAUGAUUUAGCUUAAAUGAUAUGUUUUAAUAUAGAUAUUGUGAAAAUAUGUUAAAUUAAUUUUUUUUGAAGUUAUUAAUAUAUUUUAGGCUCUGGUACUUAUCACUUCAUUUGUAAAUAUUUAUUUCAACAUUAAAUAUUUCCUUUAUCAGUGAUUUUAAGAGCUGUAUGUAUGUGUGAGUUCCUUUUUCAUUCUAAUCUUAAUAAUAUUUUAGCUCAAUACAUAAUGUAUGAACUCAGUAAUACUUAUUCAGAAUUAAAAAGCGACAAAAUUUAUACUUGACGUCAAAAUUGUAUACAUUUUGUCCGAAAAUGAAAUUCAUUGAAGUAAGUCAUAAAAUAAUAUUCAAAUUUCCUUUUCUAUCCAAACUAUUUAUAAAAGUACCGCCUUAUCUAUCAACAAUAAUUUUAGUAAAUUUAACGCAUUGUGUUCAUCUAUCUUUGUGAAGAUAAAAAACUACGUGAACACCUAUAAUAUGCAAAAGAAUUGUUAAUACUUAAAUCAAUAGAAAAAUAAUCUUUUACGUAUAUUUCUAUACCGAAAAAUUGUUGUAAUAAGUUAUCGCUACUUAAA